CGUAGAAUUACCUCCUUCGUUUCUUUUUUUUUUCCCUUUUGCUUCAUACAUCAUAUAAACAAACCCAGAAUUUCAAAAUCAUCCGGUAAAACCCGUCGCUUGCUUCAAUCACACCAAACCGUUUCACACACAGAGUGAACGCUUUUUUUUUCCCUUUCUGCAAAAUAUUAUUUUAUUUUGCUUUGGUCAUUGUUGGCUUUCCUUUUUUUUUCUUUUUGAGCUUUCUUCCUUCAGCAAGAUUCAACUCUUUGCGAUGUCGUAUUCACGUUCUGUCCAUCUUGAAACGACGCCACGGGCGUAUUACACUCAUUAUAUGUCAGCCGUCCCCAGCUACGACUUGUAUCCAGCGUUAUCUCGUCGACUUGGAAACGGCUAUGUUCAUCGUCCCAUCCGACCCGUCCGUACAAAAGACCGUCAGAUGAAUUUUGCAGCAAUGAAUAUUGCCGGUUCACGGCGUGAACGACACUUUGCUCUUGCGGAAAUCAAUUGGCAACAAUUGACGCAGCAGCAUCAGCGUCAAAUGAUUCAACAGGAGGCGCAAGAUGUCACCCCUCCUUGGGACCUUUACCCUUCAGUUCUACGUAACGUGGAAAAUCUAGGAACCGAUCAGAUGCGCCAACGUCUACACGCCAUGGAAGCCACCCUCGGUUAACCUUGUUUGCUUCCCCCCCCCGCUCCACCUGCAACUGUAUUUACAAUCAUGUGUAUAUUUAUUGGAAACAUCAAAAUGAAGAAUGGGUCAAUAACAUUCUUAUCAUUAUCAAAAAAAAGACAUAGUAAACGUAUAAAAUGGGCCGUUGCGGUUGUACUGGAAGAUGGGAAAUUGGUGUUUUCCAACAAUGGAUGAUCGGCUAUCCGAGGAACUAAGAGUUACACAGACCUUGCUGCAUUUCUUUCAUUUCUCAUUGUUUCAUGAAAAAAUAUCACACCAAUACAAGCAUUAUCAUUCUUUUUUGGUGGCGCGGAGAUUCAGAAUUACA